CAACCCAUCCCAACCCACCCCCCAGGGCUGUGUUUGCAGCCACUGACCAGAUCCAGAUCCAGAUCCAGAUGCAGUGAGUGAGUGACCACUGCAGCAGUGCCCGUCACCAGGAGAGAAGGGAGAAUGCACCUCUGAUAUAAUGGACAUAAAGGAAUCGGGCAGUGUGGUCCUGACAGCUUAUCAUUCUUACACUCCCUCAAGACUGCCUAUAAUGGAUCAAAGUUGUGUGGCAGAACUUCCAGCGCAUCUUUCCUCUGGACGCAGAGUCUGUGGCUGUAAAUACUUAUCUAAGAUGAUAUUGCCAAGUGACCCUGACCUCACCUAUCUUCACUUACCGACAUUCGCUGGAAGGAAGCCACGCUUUGGGAGGAUGAGUUCAUCGGCUUCGCGAGAUGUCCAGUGCUGGCAGGUUUUUAACCGCUCCAUAUCUCAGGAAUCCACAGAGAAUUCCUCCAUGGAAGACUUUUGGAGUGAAGUGAGGAACAUUAAGGAGAGCAGCCUGAAUGGGCAAGAGGAGCAGAACAUAGUGGAUGUCAAGACCCCUGAUGAGGGGGAGCUGGAGGCUGAGUGGCUUCAGGAAGUGGGACUGUCCACGCUGGUAUCGGGUACAGGAGCAGAGGAUGGCAUGGCCCUGCUGUCCACACUGACCCGUGCUCAGGCCGCAGCCGUGCAGCGCAGGCUGGACACCUACACUCAGACCACCAGAAAGAAGAGCAAGCAGCCAGUCAGAGACGUUCGGGAUAUAUUUGGUGUUACUGAUCCUCCGGCGAGAAUUGGCUUCACAGUCCCAGAGACGCCACCCACUUCAAAUGGAGUCCAGCAGCCAAAGGAACAGAUUCGAUGGAAACAGACAAGAGUGAAUAAUCAAAAUGAUAAAAUGGAAGGACAACAAGGCAACGCUGAAAUAACUGAGGAACUGAACUGGGAUAUCCCCUACUCUGAGUCACUGCCAGCGAGUCACAGAGAGCAGAGGCACAGGCACAGCUGUACCAAGCGGCAUGGCAGCACUGCACUACCGAAAUUUACCAUCUGUGAAGACAAACUGGGGUUAACGCGAAUUGGGGAUCUCUCCCACCAUGACAUGAAAAAAAUUCACAACCUCACUCUAAUUGAGAUAACCACAUUCUUCGAUGCAUUGGGGAUGGAGCUGAAGAAAAACAGGAUUCUGCGGGUGAAAACAAGAGAAAGUGGUCUCUUUGGUGUUCCUCUCACAACGUUACUUGAAAAUGAUCAGAAGAAGGUUCCUGGUACGAAGGUUCCUCUUAUCUUUCAGAAACUUUUAUUGAAACUGGAACACAGUGGUUUGGAAACCGAGGGAAUCCUGCGUGUCCCUGGGUCCGCCUCACGGGUGAAGAGCCUGCGGCAAGAGCUGGAAGCGAAAUUUCAUGAGAACUUCGACUGGGACCAAGUGCGGCAGAAUGACGCUGCCUGCCUGCUGAAGAUGUUCAUCCGUGAGCUGCCAAACUCCCUCCUGACCAUGGAGUACCUGCCUGCAUUCUCAGCCGUGCAAAAUCUCUCUCAGCCUAAGUUGCAGUUACAGGCUCUACACCUCCUGAUUAUGUUGCUGCCUGAUCCCAAUAGAGACACUAUUAAGGCUUUCCUGGAGUUUCUUUGUAAAGUCAUAGCAAAUGAGGCAAAGAACAGAAUGAGCCUGUGGAACGUCUCCAUGAUCGUUGCUCCAAACCUCUUCAUGUGCAAAGGGAAAAGCGGGAAUCAACAGGAAGCUGAGGCUGCAACCAAUGCUGCCAACAUUGUGCAACAACUCAUCAAAUACCAGGACAUCUUGUGGACGAUCCCGUCCUUCAUGAUCUCCCAAGUGCGGAAGAUGAACGAGAGCGAGAACAGUGGCAACCGCAAGCAUCUGGGCUUAGAUAAAAGUAUGAAAAAGAUACUGCGAAUGAUUAACAUGGAGUGGGAGAGACCAGAACGGGCAGAGUUGGACAUACCAGAGGGAGUUAUUCGUGUCUAUUCCACUCAGUUAUCGAAGGUCUCCAUGGCAAUCCAACUGGACACCGAAACAAAGGCCAGUGACAUCCUGUCUCGGUUUCAAUACGAAAACAGCACUGGAACUACAGAGCCUCCACAUGGACAGAUCCAUUCACUAUUUGAGAUCGGUGGAAAUAUAGGAGAACGCUGUCUGGACCUUAAUACACGCAUGCUGGACUUGUACCGGAUAAAUCCCCACGCAACCUGGGUUAUUAAACCCAGGACACCCUGAGACUGCUGGCCUGGUGCUGUGUGUUCUGCGAGUUUCCACGAACUUAGCAAAUUCAACCUCACAGAAAGUGACGGAGCCUGGGACAGACUCGUCUGUGUGUCCGAGCCUUUGUGGGAAGCUGUGAAUGAGGUUGACAACAAGUUGAUUUUUUAAAAAAAAUCUGCAGUUGCUGGAUUUUCAGACUGGCCGUUUCUCCAAGAAAGGCAAAGGAGAGAGAGAUUUCCAAAGUUGUAUACGUUAUCAUUUGAUGGCGAACAAACUAUGUCCUCCAUCCUGUGCUUUAUUGAAGACUUUGCCUCUCCCACAACAUUCAAAAUGUGCCACAUGAUGCACUAGGCAGCGAAAAAAGGUUUUGCUUCAUCCUGAAUCAACCACUUGGAAUAAACAUAGCCAAUGGCUUCUGGAAGUAGAAAGCUACAGCGCAGAAGGAGUUCAUUCCUGACUUUGAGUCAUCGAAUCCAAGACUCAGUACAGUAGAAUACUGGAGAUACAGUAGAUAGGUGUAUGUGCAGCAUUGUCGGAGCAAUGGGAGUUUCUCCCAGUAUCCUAGCCACUAAUCCCCCAA